UGCCGUGACGUCAGCGAGGAGGAAGCGGAGACCGAAAGUAACUGGCCGGUGCUGGGGCUGCUGAAGCGAGGGGUCCCUGGGCCGCGCACCCCUUCUCUGCCAUGGACGGCGCAGCGCAGGAGCAGGACGCGGUGAAGUUUGCGCAGCUGGCCGUCCAGAAGGACCAAGAAGGGCGAUACCAAGAAGCGGCGUUUUACUACAAGGAAGCUGCACAAGCUUUGAUUUAUGCUGCAAUGGCAGGAUCAACCUUAGAAAAUAUUCCAGGGAAAAUAAGUGAAUAUUUGGAAAGAGUUCAAGCUUUAUAUGCUGCAGUUCAGUCACAGAGAGUUGAUCCCUUGAAAUCAAAGCAGCAGCUGGACUUGGAGCGUGCCCAUUUCCUGGUUACCCAGGCUUUUGAUGAAGAUGAAAAAGGCAACAAAGAGGAAGCCAUUGAGCUGUACACAGAAGCGGUGGAACUCUGUUUGAAAACAGUACGUUAAGCUACAACUUAACUUGGUGGA